AUGUCUCUCCGUCCAGAUAUCACCUCCGAGGAGGAGAUAUCGGGAUUCUACGAGACACUCGCGGUCGGAUGGACUGGGGCUGAAACGCCUGGCUUCCCGGCCAACUUCAUGGGCGUGAACCCUUCGUACUGUACAGAGCCCAUGGUGCCGCCCGCCAUCUUAACCCCAAUUAGCCUCCCAGACAAUUCAUUCCACCCAAGCCCAGCACUGGGACACCACUCGCGAGAGUAUGGCUCCCAAGAGUACCGCUACGGCGUUAGCGAUCCAGUGCCACAAGGAUUGGGAAUUUCUGCACCAUUUCCUAGCGAGUACCCUCGAACAAGCGCCCCAAAUGCCAAUUAUAUCUAUGCACCGGAUAACAUGCCAUACGGCAUGGGUCACACGCCCAACAUGUCGCCGGUGGGCCCACCCUCCAAGCGCAUGAAACGCGAUUCCUCCAAUCCAUCCCGCGAUACACCAAUCAACAUCCUCCCAAAUCCAGAAGGAAUCCAGCGCAUGGAGCGUGCUCCUCCUCCCACGCCAACGGUGUUACCCAAAAGUCGUGGUUCGGCCAGGGCUCGACGGGAUCCGCAAGCGGAGGAAGAAGAUGCGUUUGUAGAGAACCUGCGCCAGCAGAACGUUGCUUGGAAGGUUGUUCGCGAUGAAUUUCAGAAGACGUUCAAUAAAGAGACUUCGGAGGCGCGUCUGCAGAUGCGGCUGCUUCGGAAGCGCAAGGAGCGGUUAGCACGCUGGGAUGAAAAUGAUAUUCAGCUCCUUGUCAGCGCUCACGAGUUCUGGGAAAAUGAGAAGUUUCGUUUUAUCUCGGACAAGAUGAGAGAAAUGGGCUCAACGAAAGAAUUCACCCCCGAGCAAUGCAAAGCACAACUACGACUUCUUGAGACUAAACAAAGCCUUCGAGAAUCGGGAAGCAACUCUCCUUCAGCCAUGUCCGACCCGCCACACACGCCUUCUAUGCCAUUGAUAUCUCGCAAGCGGGCUCGGCCCCAAUCAUGGAACGAAGACAAUGCAUAA